AUGGACCCUGUGCAGCAUCCGGUGCGGGUCUUUCAAGGACAUUCCAGUCACAUUAACGCCAUAUUCGUGCAGGUUUGGGUUUCUAACUUUUUGGAAUCACUUAUGGCACCACCAGACUCUUCCCAUCAUCUGCCCGUAAUGGACCCUGUGCAGCAUCCGGUGCGGGUCUUUCAAGGACAUUCCAGUCACAUUAACGCCAUAUUCGUGCAGGGGACCCGCCUUUUCACCGCCAGUCAUGACCACACCAUAAAAGAGUUUUCCUUAACGACAUGCGCCUGCACUCGUACCUACUCUGGGCACACAUCCCCUGUCCUCGCCCUCUUUGUCCAACACACUCCGCCAAGACUCUACAGCGGCUCGGCAGAUGGGUGUAUUCGGGAAUGGGAUACGGUCACAGGUGCAUUUCUAAAAAAGAUUGAGGUGGGGCUUUGUGUGAAUGCAUUAUUUGUUACUUUGGACCGAUGUUUUGUGGGGUGUGGGGGACAACCACAAGGAGUAGAACUACCGGUUCAAGCCCAGUCGUCCAUCCAAAAAUUGACUGGAGUAGCCUAUGUUGCUGCUGGAGCAGCGGCAUCGUGGGUUGGAUGGAGCGGACAAGGUGAGACGCCGUAUGUCGGAGAAUGGGAUUUAGGGACUGGAAAGCUAGUGCGCACGUACGUGGGGCACAAUGCACCGGUUCUGAGUGUUUUUGUCGCGGGGGAAAAGUUGUAUACCGCCGGCGAAGAUCGAACGAUUCGGGAGUGGGAGGCCGGCCCAGCGACGUCUGUAUCAAAAGGUGCAAAAACAUGUUCACCUGCUCGGACGUAUCAAGGUCAUGCCCAUCGUGUCACGGGCAUCUUUGUCCAAGGUCCUCGACUGUUUUCUGCGUCAGAAGAUCGAACGGUGCGCGAGUGGGACGUCACGACUGGUGAAGCCAUUCGAGCGUACGGGGGCGAAUGUGGGCUCUUGUCUGUGUUCGUCGAUGGCGGAAGGGUAUUUGCAGGAGGAUGGGAUCAACGUGUUCGCGAAUGGGAUGCCAAUACCGGGCAUCUCGUGAGAACGUACCGAUCUCCAGAUACCGGUGGUCCCAUUUCCUCCAUUUUUGUUGUCAAUGACCGGCUGUUUGCAGCCAGCGGAUUCGACCCAUUUGGAUCUGACAAUAUGGUCAAAGAGUACGAGGUGAUCCCAACCGUGAUUGCAGGUGACGGCGAGGAAAUCGUUUCGUCUCUAUCUUCCUCGGUCGUACAGCAAUAUUACGUAUCCUCUUCUUCGUCCUCUCCCUACCGUCCAUCGACACCAACGAACCAUCCAGCAUCCCUAGCCGCCGAACUCAAAACUCUCCGUCGCGAAUUAGAACGCUCGAAAGCGGAAAUCGAAGAGUUACGAGAAGAAAACGCCCGCUUGCGAUCUAUCGAAGGUGCAGAAGAAUGUGAGCGACUCAGACAAGAAGUAAGGAAUCUCCGUAAACAGCUUAUAGAGGCAUGGCAAGAGCAAGAGAGGAUAAGUCGACGUGGGAGUGUUGUGGCUUCGGUACCUCCUUCUCAAGCAUUGGUAGUAGGGUCAAGUGCAUUGACACGAAAAGCUUCUUUUCAAUCCACCAUUGAUGAAUAGAAGCUGCAGAGACACUAUGACUCGUUGGAUAAUCGUCACGACAUAUUUUGAUAGUAUUGAUAUAGAUUGUUGUUAGCUAGUUAGCCAUUUAUAGGCCAUUAUGCGCUUCUGUUGACUUUUUAAUAUGCCUGGUUCUCACUAUGCUUGAUUAAAUUUCUCGAAAAUCGGACGUUUGACAGCCUCAUG